AUGGUCUAUAGCGGGAACUUUAAGAUGAACGGCUCCCUCGAGUCCAUCGAGAAGAUCAUCAAGGGUAUCAACGAGGCCAAGCUCGACGGCUCUGCUGAGGUUGUUGUCGCUCCCCCUGCCCUUUACCUCUUGAAGGUCCAGUCCGAGCUCUCCCCCCCUGCUCAGGUCGCUGCCCAAAACGCUUUCACCGAGGCUUCCGGUGCCUUCACCGGUGAGAUUGCUCCCCAGCAGCUCAAGGACGCCGACGUCCACUGGGUCAUCUUGGGACACUCUGAGAGGAGGAGUUUGUUCGGUGACACUGACAACCUUGUCGCAGACAAGACCAAGGCUGCCAUCGAUGCCGGUCUUUCCGUGAUUGCUUGUGUCGGCGAGUCUCUUGAGGAGCGAGAGUCCAACAAGACCAAGGAGGUUGUCGAGCGUCAGCUCGAGGCUAUCGCCGCCGUCAUUGACGCCGACGCUUGGAAGAAGAUUGUCAUCGCCUACGAGCCUGUUUGGGCUAUCGGUACCGGCAAGGUCGCCACCCCCCAACAAGCCCAGGACUCUCACGACGACAUCCGACAGUGGCUCGCCAAGCGUGUCUCCCAGUCUGUUGCCGACUCUACCCGAAUCAUCUACGGUGGUUCCGUCAACGGCAAGAACUCUGGCGAGUUGGCGCAGGCCAAGGACAUUGAUGGUUUCCUUGUUGGUGGCGCCAGUCUGAAGCCCGAGUUCAUCGACAUCUGCCAGGCUUCCAAGUCUGCUUAA